AAGUCGCAAGACAUCUAAGUUCCACUAUUUUUGUGGACAAUGAACACUGCAUGGAGACACUUGAGCAUAGUUAUAAUUAUUUACCAGAUUAUUUGAAGCCAUGCCUUCUUUACUUGGGUGCUUUUCAAGAAGACCAAGACAUUCCUAUCCAAAAGUUGUUAUGACUUUGGAUCUCUGAAGGAUUCGUGCAAAAGAUUGAAGGAAAGAGUUUAGAGGAUGUGGCGGACAACUAUUUGAUGGAUCUAAUUGGAAGAAGUUUAGUUAUGGUUACCCGACGAAGAUCAUUAGGUGGGAUCAAAGUUUGCCGAAUUCAUGAUUUGGUACAUGAGUUUUGUGUGGCAAAAGCAAAAGAAGAAAAUUUUCUACAGAUUUUUCAUGGGGAUGAGCUUCUUACUUUUACUGGACUGUGUAAACCCCCUUCCCCCCGGCUGUCCAUUUUCCCUACCACCAGUGGGGGACCUAUAAAGUCAAGGCUGUUUUAUCCCAAUUUGCGUUGUUUGCUCUUCUUUGAUUGUUAUUAUGGACAGCUGGACGGAAGCUCACUCAAAUUUCUGUUAUCGAAACUCCUUAGAGUGUUGGAUUUGGGGAAGGUUGUUUUUUGGUAUUUUCCAAGGGAAGUGUUAUUCCUUGUUCAUUUGAGGUACUUGAGAAUUCAAUUGGAGAGCAAGGAAAUCCCAUCUGCUAUAGCCAACCUCUCAAGGUUAGAAACUUUUGCGGUAGGUGGACGCAUUUGUAGUUUUCUGUUACCAUACUCUAUCUGGUACAUUAAAACAUUAAAGCAUCUUCUCGUUUUUCCAAGUUACGGACGUGGUUUCGAAUUUCCCAUGUUCAAUCAUAAAGGCUCCCCAGAUUUAGAACACUUAGAAACUUUAUCCCUUGCAAUGGAUCCCUCUUCUCAAAGUCAAAGCUUGCAAAAGAUACUCUCAAAGUUACCGAGCAUCCGUAGGCUAACAUGCGUGAAUGGAAAUCACUAUUGGAAUUCCGCAUCUGCUGGAAAUCACAAUGGGAUUCUCGUGUUGGAGUACUUGAGUCAUUUAGAAUCACUUAAGAUGCUUAGAUUUGCCAGAUAUGGGUUUAAAUUCCCAUUGAAUUUGAGAAAGUUGACUCUAUCACAAUAUGGUCAGCCAUGGAGUAAAAUCUCAGCAAUUGGAAAGCUGCCCAACCUUGAAGUGCUUAAAUUAUGUUAUGAUUCCUUUGUGGGGGAAAAAUGGGAAAUGGAAGAAGGGGAGUUCCAAAACCUACGAUUCCUGAAAUUGUCAGGCUUGGACAUUCGCUGGUGGACUGCAUCUUGUGAUAAUUUUUGCUGUCUUGAGAAAUUGGUUUUAGAGAAUUGUUUUAGGCUGGAAGAGGUCCCUUCUUGUUUAGGGGAAACCCUCACUCUUGACAUGAUUGAGGUGAAAUGGUGUCAUGAGUCUGCCGUAAAUUCUGUGAAACAAAUUCAGCAAGAGCAGAGGGACAUGGGAAAUAAGAAUUUAAAGAUCGUGAUUGUUGAACGACGAAAGUGGUCCACGUCUUCUUCUUAGUGCCAACUCCGAAAGAGAGUCUAUUUCUUGAGGGGGCAGAGAGUCAAAAGCAGGGGGGCAUCCCAAUUAAUAGAUUUGUGUGAUCCUUAAAACCAGCAGAGCACAAGCAUAUA